AUGAGUGAUAGCGACUCUGAUUCCCCGCCCCAGAGGCGCAGCGCCCGCGAGCGCGCACAAUGGAUGACCAAGGGAGCUCUGGUUCGAGACGAUUCCGACGAUGAACUAGGCGUGGAGGAUCUUCCGUGGAACUGGGUUUACGAUACCAAUGAAGAGAUUAGCCAGGACAAUGUGGUCGAUGAGGGCAGCCCCGUGAAACGUGGCAGAAGACGCUCUGCCCGCCCGGCCCGCAUGAAACGCAAAAUUAUUGGCGCACAGAUGGGUCAAUUCGAAUGCAAACUGGGUGAUGUCGUUCUCUUGAAGUCCCCCGAGGCUGGAAAGGACUGGGUAGGCAUCAUCACACAAUUUGUGGAAGAGGAGGAUGAAGACGAACAAGACGAGAUUCUCAAAUCCGUCAAUAUCAUGUGGUUCGCAUCACCCGACGAAUUCAUGGGCACGAGGAACAAGCGCCGAACCGACGCCUUGCCUAAUGAACAAUAUAUCACGCUGGACUUCAACAAUAACCCCUUGACAUCGAUCAGCGGCAAAGGCAAGGUCAUGUCUCAAGGCUCAUUCAAUGCCAGAUACCCCAAUGGUCCCCCGAAGAACAAGGCCCAAUUGGCAGAAUACAACAAGUGCAUUAUUUGCCGACGGGGCGUGAACCAGGUUCAAGGAAGGUAUACCGAUGAGUUCACCUGGGAAGAGGUGUACAAUGAAGACAACAUUCACCAAUUGAUCAAUUGGGUCAAGGAGGGAUUGAAGGCUUCCAGAAAACGCAGAGCUGCGGACAAUGACUAUGUUGAUACCAAAGAUUCAGUGGUACCUUCAACCCCGAGAAAAAGACAGCGACUGGCGGCAACAAAUGCCACACCGCAAUCACAGCGCAAAAAGGCCCUUACGACGCCGACCCAUAAACGGAUCGUUGUGAAGAAGCCACUCGAAUUCACUCCGCUGGGUACUCGGGUUCUCUCGCCCACACAUUUCGAAUCUCCCUAUCGUCAAGCCCGAAACUUACUACACGUCUCUACCGUUCCAGACUCAUUGCCUUGCCGAAAGACCGAGUUCAACACUGUAUACAAUCACCUAAGCGCUGCGAUUAUGGAAGGCACAGGCGCCUGCAUCUACAUAUCCGGCACUCCAGGCACUGGCAAGACUGCCACAGUGCGUGAGGUCGUCGCACAGCUGAAUGGUGCCGUGCAUGAAGAAGAGAUGGAUGACUUUAUCUUUGUGGAGAUCAACGGUAUGAAAGUCACUGACCCGCAUCAAUCCUACUCCUUAUUGUGGGAAGCCCUGAAGGGCGAUCGAGUUUCACCUUCGCACGCACUCGAUCUUCUCGAAAGGGAAUUCUCAAACCCCUCCCCUCGUCGAGUCUCUUGUGUUGUUCUCAUGGAUGAGUUGGACCAACUUGUCACAAAGAACCAGUCUGUUAUGUACAACUUCUUCAACUGGCCUGCUCUCCGCCACUCGCGUCUCAUUGUCCUGGCGGUCGCAAACACCAUGGAUCUCCCAGAAAGAACCUUGAGCAACAAGAUCUCUAGUCGACUCGGUCUAACCCGUAUCACAUUCCCGGGUUACCGUCACACAGAUCUGAUGGAGAUCAUCAGCACCCGCCUGGCCAGCGUCCCAGGAAACAUCGUUGACCCAGAUGCGAUCCAAUUCGCUAGUCGCAAAGUAGCCGCAGUGAGUGGUGAUGCUCGACGCGCUUUAGAUAUUUGCCGUCGAGCAGUUGAAAUCGCCGAGCAAGCUGCCGAUGAAGCUGCCGCCGCAGCUGACACGGCCAACGACGAGACAGAAUCACUGCCUCCAACACCUAGCAAGACACCUGCUCGGCGAAACAAGGCUAUCACAGCCAAGGCAGCUGGUGAAUCGACCCCAGCUAAACCUCCUCCCGCCAAGGGCCAACCAGGGCGCGUCACUAUCGCCACCAUCAAGCAGGCCAUCCAUGAAGCUACAUCAACCCCACUCCAGCAAUCUUUGCGCUGUCUCCCGCUACCAGCAAAACUCUUUCUCGCAGCUCUUCUAGCCCGCGUUCAACGAACGGGUCUCUCCGAAUCUACCAUCGGCGAUGUUCUCGACGAAGCCCGCCGCAUCGCCGAUGCAGCGGUCGCCGUUGCUGGUGCCGCCGGUGCUGGCGUUAAGGAUUUCUUGUUGGGUGGAGGCCCCAAUGCUCGAGUACGACACUUAGGAUAUGCGGCUAUGUCGCUUAUGAACUCAGGUGUUCUGGCGCUGGAGCAGGGCUCUGGCUCUAAAAGCGUGCUUGGAGGUACUACGAUUCCCACUCGUGGUGACCGCAGUAGUAAAGUCCGGCUCAGGGUUGCGGCUGAGGAUGUCAGAUCUGCUUUCCGAGAAGAUGUUGAGGCUAAAGGUUUUGGUUUGGGCAUUGACCAGUGA